AUCAGUGUAACCUCGUAACCGGUCGCACGACUUUUAUACAUAGUACAUAAAAAUAAAUAUGCCACUUCCAAAGAGUGAUGGACUUAAAAUCGUACAAAUCGACGUCAAAGACGUAAGAUUCCCUACUUCAUUGGGAGGCCAUGGAUCUGAUGCUCUGCACACUGACCCUAACUACUCUUGUGCAUACGUCACAACGACCACUGCGAAUGGCAAGCAGGGUUACGGGCUAACGUUCACGUGCGGCCGGGGCACUGAGAUCGUGGUGCUCACGGUACGAGCUAUGAAGAAGUUCAUCAUGGGACGCAACGCUGCUGAUAUAUUUUCAGACUUCGCAGGGUUUUGGCGCAUGAUCACAAAUGACUCUCAAAUGAGAUGGCUUGGUCCUGAAAAAGGUGUUGUACAUUUGGCAGUCGCCGCCAUACUAAACUCACUUUGGGAUUUGUGGGCAAGAUUGGAAAACAAACCCCUUUGGAAAUUGUUAGUUGACAUGUCACCUGAGGAGCUGGUUUCGACGAUCGACUUUCGUUACAUUACUGAUGUUCUUACUAAAGAAGAAGCCAUACAAAUCUUGAAAGAUAAACAAACAGGGAAAGAUGGUAGAAUAAAAGAACUUUUAGAACAAGGUUACCCUGCGUACACAACUCAAGUGGGUUGGUUGGGAUAUAGCGAUGAACUUGUAAAGCAACUCUGCGAAAAAUACUUAAGUCUCGGUUUCGAACACUUUAAAGUAAAAGUUGGGCUCAAUUUUGAGGACGAUUAUAGACGAUGCAGCCUUGUAAGAAAAUAUAUAGGCGAUGAUAAAUUUUUAAUGGUGGACGCAAAUCAAGCGUGGAGCGUUGACGAAGCUAUAGAAUGGAUGAAGAAAUUGGCGCCUUUGAAGCCGAUGUGGAUCGAGGAGCCCACUUCUCCCGACGACGUGCUCGGACACGCUGCUAUCGCUCGAGCCUUGAAACCGUACGGUAUAGGUGUAGCGACAGGCGAGAUGUGCGCGAAUCGCGUGAUGUUCAAACAGUUCCUGCAAAGCGGUGGUAUGCAGUACUGUCAGAUAGACUCUGCUCGGAUCGGAGGCAUAAACGAGAUCCUAUCCGUUUACCUCAUGGCGGAGAAAUUCAAAGUGAGCGUGUGUCCGCACGCUGGCGGCGUGGGACUAUGCGAGAUGGUGCAGCACCUGCAGUACUGGGACUACGCAUGCGUGUCCACGCGCAUGCGCGGCCGUCUGCUGGAGUACGUGGACCAGCAGCACGAGCACUUCCACGAGCCCUGCGUGGUGCGACGCGCCAGAUAUAUGGCGCCCGAGGCGCCAGGCUAUAGCACUCACUUUCUACCAGACACAUUGGAGAAAUUCUCAUAUCCCAAUGGAACCGAAUGGCAGCGUAUGUUCAAGGAGGGUAUAUUCCCAUUGCCAGAUGAGGCAGAGCUCGUUAAUGUUUAAAAUAAAAUAAAUAAUUUUUACAAUAUAACAUCUUUAUUCUACAAAC